AUGAGGAUCGGGUGUCUCCAGUUCGCACCAAAAGUGGGCGAUGUACCAAACAACAUUACGCGAGCCGAAACCGUCCUCUCAAGGGCAGACCCGGCCGACCGGGAGAAUCUGGACCUCCUCGUUCUCCCCGAGAUGGCAUUUAGCGUUGUAGUCGACAAUAACGGUGAGAAGCUGGCCGAUUACAGCAAGUCAUUCCUGUACUAUACAGACGCCACAUGGGCCGACGAGGGGCGGGGCUUCUAUGGGGGAAAUCUGGGCCACCUGGGGCAGACUGCCUUGGGGAUAUGUAUUCCCUACAAAUUCGAAGCACCCUGGGACGCCUACGAAUUCGCCUUCCACAUCCUGCGCGUGCGGGCGAACCUCGUCAUCCUCUCCACGGCAUGGCUGACCAACGACGAGCAACACGCCUUCUUGUCCAACCCAGAAGCGCCAGACAUGAGCACACUCGCCUACUGGGUCGCGAGACUCGAACCAGUGAUCCGGGCGCACAGCUCCGAGGAGACCAUCGUGGUGUUCGCCAACCGCAGCGGCGUCGAAGACGAGGCCACAUACGCCGGCAGCAGCACCGUCAUCGGGAUCAAGGACGGCGAGGUCACCGUGUACGGCAUCCUCGGGCGCGGUGUCGAGGAGCUGCUGGUCGUCGACACCGACAACCCCCCAUUCGGGAAGCUCGUCAACCGCAGCGAGGUGCCGGCUUCGCGCCGCGGACCUCAAACCACAACCACAACCACAAAACACACCACCACACCACCCCAACAACACCAAUACCAACACCAACCUCCCAACCAAAACCGCCGACCCCACACCCGACCCAAGCUCUCCCUCCAAACCAACCUCCCCAUCCCAUCCCCCGCCGCGCUACCCUCACCCGACAGCGACAACGACAACGGCACGCGCUCACUAUCAGCCAUCCCGAUCUUCGUCGACGUCUACACACCCGACGAGCCCGACGAGUCCGACCAAACCAACGGCGGACCUGCCUGGCGGGAGGAUGGGACGGUCCGGUUUGGGUUUGACGACGCCCUCUCGCCGUGGAGUGUGGCGAGUUGGUGCUCGGGUUCGGUAGUGUCGUCGCCUUUGGGGUCGCAUUGUGGGGGGUUGAUACGUGUGGCGGCGAGUCCGAGUGUUUUUGGAGGGGGGCUGUUGGGGGGAGGAGGGGUUUGUGUUUGA